UUGAGAGUGCGAGUGAGAGUCAGCUUGGGAUAAGUGGAGGCUCCAAGUGGUGGCAAGAGUCAUCCUUCCCUCCUAUCCCCAGUCAUACACCCCACCGCCAUUAUGAAGGUGGCGACGAUGGUGGUGGCGAUGGUCGUCAGUGGACUGUCCGUCACUGCUGCUCACAGCGUCCAGGAGAGGUCCUACCCGCCCGCUGUCUACGCUGCUCCUCAUCCGCCUCCUCCACCCCCUCCACCUCCACAGUCCUCCUCCAAAGGCAAGGGCAAGGACAAGGGGCUGUUCGAUUUCGAUAUAUUUGGAGGCUUCAAGGAUCUCUUCAGCUUCGGCAAGGGUAAAGGAGGGGACAAAGAACCUGAACAAGAUUACGCACCUCAGCCAAUUCUUGUUUAUGGCCCGCCUCCCAAGCCUAGCUAUGGCCCGCCUCCUAAACCUAGCUAUGGCCCGCCUCCUCCUCCUCCUCCCAAGCCUAGCUAUGGCCCGCCUCCCAAGCCUAGCUAUGGCCCGCCUCCUAAACCUAGCUAUGGCCCGCCUCCUAAACCUAGCUAUGGCCCGCCUCCUCCUCCUCCUCCCAAACCUAGCUAUGGCCCGCCUCCCAAACCCAGCUACGGUCCACCACCUCCACCACCACAGCCUACCUACGGUGCACCUAAAGCUCCUCCCACAGAUUACGGUCAUCCCAAGAGCGGUGAUAUAAUCAUCUCCCAACCUACAGGUAACUAUGGCCCACCUCCUCCACCUCCACCUCAAGAUAAUUAUGGCCCACCUCCACCUCAAGAUAAUUAUGGCCCACCUCCUCCACCUCCACCUCAAGAUAAUUAUGGCCCACCUCCACCUCCACCUCAAGACAAUUAUGGCCCACCUCCACCACCUCAAGACAAUUAUGGCCCACCUCCUCCACCUCCACCUCAAGAUAAUUAUGGCCCACCUCCACCUCCACCUCAAGACAAUUACGGCCCACCUCCACCUCAAGACAAUUAUGGCCCACCUCCUCCACCUCCACCUCAAGACAAUUAUGGCCCACCUCCACCUCAAGACAAUUACGGCCCACCUCUUCCUCCUCUUGGUCCUCCUCCACCAGAAAGCUACAGCCCACCUCUUGGUCCCCAACAAAAGCAACACCCUCAGCCAGGACUGUUCGCCCCACCUCCACUUCCCCUGGCAAACUCUCCAACCAACCAGUAUGUCCCUCCUCCUCCUGCUCCAGUACCUGCGCCAAACGACCAGUACAUCCCUCCUCCACCACUAUUCCAGCUGGCGCCCACUGGAAACAACUCACCCCUUCCAGCGCCCCUCCCCACCAACCAGUACGUCCUCCCUCUAGCGGAUGCUCCAGCUGACCAGUAUAUACCCCCUCCGGUACCUCUUGGGCCUCUUCCUGGCCCCAUUGCCGCCUCCGCCGGUACUCUUGCAGGCAGCUACAUACCCCCAACACUCGCCUCCGCCGCUAGCGGGGCCAACUUUGGCCGUCGCCUGCCCACCAAGCCCGACUGCACCGCGUGCGACAACGCUCCGUGGAUACCCAUGCAGGUGGCAGCUCCAGUAGCACCCGCCAUCGUUAACCCAUUCCCCGAUCAUGGGUCUCCCGCCCCUGUUCCCGUCUACCCUCCUGGCUCUAACUUCGAUGGGAGAGCUCAAUCCGACUUGCUGCCCACCCAAGGGCUGCAGAGUGGAGCGCAGAUCGUCAAAGCCAACCCAAUCAUCUCCAACUUGGGUGUAAGUGCCGAAAGCAGCUUGCUAGCAACCCAAGGGUUGCAGAGCGGGCCACACAUCGUAGAAUCCAACCCAAUCAGCUCUAACUACGAUGUGGGUGCUCAAGUCAACUUGCUGACUUCGCAAGGUUUGCAGAGCGGAGCACAGAUCGUCAAAGCCAACCCAAUUAUCUCCAACUUGGGUGUAAGUGCCGAAAGCAGCUUGCUAGCAACCCAAGGGUUGCAGAGCGGGCCACACAUCGUAGAAUCCAACCCAAUCAGCUCUAACUACGAUGUGGGUGCUCAAGUCAACUUGCUGACUUCGCAAGGAUUCCAGAACGGAGGACAGAUAGUCGAAGGUAAACCAAUCAUCUCCAACUUGGGUGUAAGUGCCGAAAGCAACUUGCUAGCACCCCAAGGGUUGCAGAGCGGGUCACACAUCGUAGAAUCCAACCCAAUCAGCUCUAACUACGAUGUGGGUGCUCAAGUCAACUUGCUGCCGUCGCAGGGAUUGCAGAGCGGAGCACAGAUAGUCGAAGUCAAGCCAAUCUUUAUCUCCGAAAGUGAAUCGUCCGGUAGAGACCCCCGCCUGGUGGAGCACCAGGAAACAUUGUCUUACGGCGCCUCGGGCCAGGGCCAGCCCACCUCCCACAGCCAACAACCCACCAUCAUCGCCGCUGAGCCCACCUUCAUCUCUUCUGAGGGCGAGAGUAUCGGCUCACAAGAUCUUCUCGUCGAUAAUCACGUUGAAGUGUUACAGUCAAUUGCACUUCCAGCGCCGGAGUCUCCAGCACCAGCCACCAUCCUGGACGGAGUCCAUAUAGAACUAGGCGGUAAUGGCCGCUUAACUAGCACCAGUAUUGUGACUUCGCCGCUGACCCCAACCCCUUCCAGCGGCCAGCGAGGCUCCUCGCUUCCACCCAUCACGCCUAUCUUUGUCCUCGAGGAAGACCCGCAACACACUACAUCAACGGUGUUGCUUAACAACAACCAGGACUCGUCUAGCGACCUACAGGCGCCUGGCAACACGAUCUUGAUCAGUGACGAUAAUAUUUCUGGAGAUAAUAUUGAGACUUUCCUAGACUCUGAAGUACGCGGCGAUAUCAUCAGUUCGCACUUUUCUUCUGCUAACUUCAGUGGAACACAGAGAGUACCUAGAGGCAAUCUAAUCAUUACGGAGCCAGGGGAAAGUAAUGUCCCUCUUAACAGCUACAUUAACUCUGUUAACUUGUCGGAACACUCUCACAAAACUACUGAAGGCCAGUUACUUGGCCUUGUCGAUCAAAACAACGUCGUGUCUUCAAAGAACUCUUACAGCUUUGAUCCCAGUGUUGUGACCAUUACUAGCGGCGCUCCCUUCACAGUCAUCUACGAGACCCCAGCCCGUGGGUACAAUGCUAACAUAAUUUGGGACAAUACAAAUGUACCUCCUACAUUACGGAACACUGAAACACUUGGUGACUUAGUAACAGUUGACCAGAACGAUAACUUUAGUUCUAGUAGCUUAGAUAUCCCAAACACCGUCAGAGAAGAGCAGAGAUUUAUUUUUUCAGCACAUGAUUCAGAAUCUUCAACUGGUGAUUUUGUAGAGUCCCGGCGAAGCGUCCUGACUGCUGUCAUUGCCGGACACCAGAAAUCCUGUGACAAUAUUCCCUCUCAGAAGCCACAGAACAAUUAUCAGUCGUCAUCUGUUCUUGGCUCCGUAUCUCUCCCGCUUCUUGACAUAACCGAAGACUUUCGAAAUCUAGACUUUACCCCAUUCAUCCCUGUGGGUCUUCGAGAGCAAAGUCCUCCUCCUACCCCAGACUUCCCGUCUACUGCCCCUGAGAACACACACAAGCAAAAUAUUCCUCCCUACGUCCCAGGAGCAAUGCAACUUUUUGCUCUUUCUCGUCUUGUCGCCCAGUCUUCGGAAAACAAUGUCGUGGAGAAUCGUUUAAAUUUUGACUAUUCUACACCUUUUCCUCUGACUCCAGUGGCUCCUACAAGCAUUCAAGAAGCUAUUAGCUUGCCCAGUUCUAACAAAGAAAAGACAAAUACAUUCUCAAGUCAGUCAUUUAGGGAAGGUCCGUCGUCUCCCGCGACCUUCCCUUCACCUUCUGUCUCUUAUCCAACUUAUCAACCAGCAACUACAAUUCCAUUUCAGUUAAAAACUCAACCCCUGACAACCUCUGCUCCAAACGUCCUUAUAUUUGACAACACAGUUUUGGAGCGGCAACCAAUUUCUCAACUCACUGAACAAACUAAUGAUUUUUCAUUCACCUCUAAUGACGAGAACGCGCAGACUUCAUCAACAAGCACAGGAGGUGUACUGAGUGGUAUCCUCAGUGAGGAUUCCCUCUCCAUCCUGCCUGACCAUAGUCCUUCUUUUCCCAGUUUUCCGUAUCAACUUCUCCAUAUGCCACCGGCAAUAAAUAUGAACAUAGAAAUUAUUGUGGAUCCAGGUCCAUACGUAGUCACGCCCGACGCAGCCAUAGAUGGUCCUCAUAGUUUUGCUGUAAGCCAAGAUAUGGACUUUAACAACGAUAUCCUACAGUCUCUCAAGAAUCCAGACAAGCAAUAUGUUGUUCAGCAGACUCGUCAACUUCAAGAUUUUGCACAAGAUGACUUGAAGUUUUCAGAGUUUAAAUCACAAGACAACACGCUAGCUGGUAUCUCUGAAGGUUCAGCAUCAGGACAUGUCAACGGCGGCCUUAAUGAGGUAUUUCCGUCUCCCUGGUCAUUCAGUUCCCACAACUCCCCAGGUGCGCAACUGUCGCACCCGGUCAUUAACCUGACCUAUUUCUUGCCUCCAGUUGGUAGCCCUGCCUACAUUCCAGAGGUGUACAUACCGUUACCGCUCUACCCAGCGCCUACUGUGGUGGAGCUGCAACUGGCUACGGUAGAGGGACACCUCGAGUCCAGUCCUCUACCUCAAGCCUCCAACACCAUCGCGUCCAUCUUAAGUCCUGUCGGUCAGCAAAAUCGCAUCAGCAGAAGCAGCCAAGGACCUGUGGAUGUUACCCAGAGCUACAUAGUCCCGGCUGAUGUGAGACAGGUCCUCCAGCCCCCUUCCCAGUCCUACUCAGGGCCUGAAAUAAACACCUUACAUGAACAGCCACAAGGGGCGUCGAUCGUCGAGAGUAUUCCUCAAGUGUACUCAUUACCACAACAUCCCUUUGCGCCAGGCGUGGCUGGACAGUCUACAUCCGGGACAGUGGUGGAUCAGGGCCAACUGACGGUGAAUCAACUUGGCGUUACUGGAGACGUCCACUUCAACGCCCCGCAGAUCGUCGACUCCAGCCUCUCCCCAACCUAUGGCCAACAAGGCUUCUCGCAGAGUGAGGGCGGUGGUCUGCAGGUGGUAGAGGCUCCCGCGUUGUCGCAGCAGCAGAUCUCUGAUGGCGAGCUCGUAGGGAUUAGUAUUGACAAUCCUCGGUAUGUGAGGACGAACCUGGAUGAUUCCUUAGGCUCACAGUCCCAGGGAUAUACAAUUAAAGAGGCCAAACUCGCUCAGUUCAUACCGGAUGCAAAGAAUUUGAGCUUUUUAGAUGGCAACUUUGCUCAAUCGGGUCAGUUUUCGAGUGUGUCUGUGUCACAGCCUGAUGUUCAGAACGUCGGGCAGCCACAGUCUGGAGAAACUCAGCAGUUGUCUCAUGCAUCGUCUUCUGGAUCAUUACAAAAUGGAGGUUCAAUUGCUCCAGGAAACCUAGUUGCGUCCUCCAUUGCUCCAGUGGAUAAUUCUCAAAGUUCUGGAGAUAUUCAGUACUCUCAAGGUUCAGUGUCCGGAGGUUCUGUGGUGGAGGGCAACUUAGUUGCGUCUCACGCUCCUAUAACACCGUCUCCUGAAGAUAUUCAGUUCAAUAAUAAGGAUGCACCAAGAGAUAUCUCCCAGGAAGCCUCGUCCGGUGGUUCUGUGUUAGAAGCAAAUGUUAUUGGGCCAAUUGCUUCCAUUCAGACCAACGCAAAUGUUCCCUCCCAACACUUGGAGCAGUUCCCUUCGAGCUCCUCUCAAGACGAUAGUUCUGCCGUCCCAGGGAACUUUGUUAGGUCUUAUAUUGCCUCUUCUCAACACUCUCAAAGUUCUGAUAGCAUCCAGUUAAAUAAUAAUGAUAUUUCACAACAACAGCUUUCUCCGGAUUCAUCGUUCACAAAUUCUGUAAUAGAAGGAAAUCUAGUCAGUCAGAAUUUUGUCGACUCUGGAUCGAGUCAAUCAGUACCUCAGUUUUCCACCGACUUGCAACCCGACCUGCUUGAAGCUACCUUCUCGUCAGCAGGGAGUCAGGACGCCAUAGGGGUGCCCGUGGCCGCAGCCUCGCCACAGGUAAAGACAGCCGACAUGGGUUCCAUACCACUUGCAGACUCCACCCGCAUCUCUUCUUCCUUCCCCACCUUCCCGCCUUUCCCUCAAAACCCAGAGCUCGACACGCCGAUCAGUUCCGUCCAGAAGGUACCGGAUGUGCCCACAAGCCCUCAGGCCGGCCAGCUGAGCUUCAACCAGGAGGUCAGAAGCCAAGUGGACAGCAAACAGCUCUACAGCCCUCCUAACAACAGCUUCUCUCUGCGUGACGAAGUAGAUGUUCGUAAUCUGAACGAAGCCUCUGCUAAUACUGCUUCGAGCUUGGGUCAAUCCCAGGCGCUUAACUCAACAUCCAACCUCUCUUUCGGUGCUCAGAACGAAACACAUGUAAACAAUCAGUCGGAAGCCUCCACUCCUCAGCCACCAUCGGAAAACUUUUUGCGUAGCUUCCGUUCCAUCAAUAAUGAAGGUUCGAGUUUCAAAUACUCGGCUCCUGGACAGAGUGUUCGGGUUUCCUUUGGUGGCCACUCACAGAGGAGCAGGAUCAACUUCCAGGGCUUAGAGGGCGGCGCCCCUGACAACCCCCGCCCGGCGCGAGGGACGGGUCAGGCUGUGAAGGACAGCGCCUGGAGUAACUCUCUCACCUCCAGAAGCAAGAUUCGGACACCGCUGCUUAACGCUAAAUCUACUGCAUCAGAAGAGAAACCAUCGAAGUCCAUCCCAAAUGCAGUGACGACCACAACAGAAGCACCUACCCCAGACACUUCCGCGCCACCCAGUACUACAGUUGCCACUACCACCACAACAACCACCACUACAACCACUACUACUACCACUAUCACACCUAUUCAAACUACCACAGCUGAAGAUUUUACUCCAACUACCUCAGAAGGGACAACAAAAGCCACUUUUCGUGGUUUGCCGCGCAGACGUUUUCGAAAACUCAUUCGUCGACCAUUUGGGCCGUCGUUUCCUCAGCUGUCUAAGGACGCAGUGCGGCCAAGGGGCAGCAGCCGCCACACCGACCAUUUCACAAUCAGAAGUCACGGCACUUCCAGACAGGAGAAUGAGACGAAGCAAUCACUCAACGAGACAGACACUAACAAUAGACAGGUUGAAGGUGAUGAGGCUGCAAAAGAGUCGAUACCUCUCCUCCCUCUCCAAACGGAGACUGAGGUAGCUAAGGGCGAGACCUCGCCACAGGCCUCACUGGCUGGGAGCCAGGAGGUAAAGAACGAUACGAUUGGCAGUGUUGAUAUCAGGAGUUCGGGCAAGUCCCUCUCAGGGGGCCAGUUCGCCAGUCAGCAACCAAGAAAUGACUUGGAUUUUGGGUUCCCGCAGAGACAUGAAGCCAACCUACCCUUUGGUGCUCGUCUCUCAAAUAGAAGACGCAAAUCCCACUUAACUAACCCUUCUACUGGUAACUAACGCUUUGCUUGUAACCUCAGUGCUCGCAUGACCUGUCGUGACCUGCUGCUGACUCGUGUGACUCUCACACUCCAUGAUUUACUUCUAUCAUUGACUAAUAAUUUAUAUUGUAAGGUAAGGACAUUGCGUACUGACCUUUCCGACCUUGUUACAGGUCCCUCACUAAUAACUUCUGGCACUAACCUUCCUUCGACGCUGCUCUCGACGACCCUCACUAACCCUCAAGAACUGACUACCAUUCCUACGCUCAGCGCUGAGACGUCCCCAGUCACGCCUCCAUCUGUCACCCUCAGCACUCAACCCCCAAUAUUAAGCACGCCGACAGCUGUCAAUCCUUUUAACUCACCCAAAACUGCAUCGCCACACAAUGCUUUUAACACAAGACCACCAGCGUCACUGGAGUCUAAAUCUUUAACUUCGUUCCACACUCAUGCCACUCUUCCUCCAGUCAACCUAAUUUCUGUUAUGCUACCUACCAAUGUCUUCCCCAUUGUAGCUCCCUUGAACGUGUCCUUUGUGGUGACUCCCGCCAACCAGCCACACACUAAGAACGGCCGUCAACCCCCCACCGCUUCCAGCACACUUCUCACACCUCCGCAACACUCUAUUUUCACUGUAUCUACUCUUUCCCCGCGUCUUCAGCGGCUCUUCCAAAACCACCAGUUAACCAACACCUUUAACUUCCUACACAACAGUCAUUCAUCAUCCUCACACUCACUCCAGGAACAGUCAAGCAGCAGCGACUUACAUUUCCCGAGAGACUCAGAAGACUUACAGCAGCUAAUCCGGUCACAGAACAGCAGCACCCAAGCUACCUCUUCCCCAACCCACUCUUCCAUUUUUACUAACAGUCUGGAUGGUGAUAAUCCCGCCGCAGCGACGAGUGAAGACAUCAGGUCCCUGCCUACGACCACUCCACUGCAGUUAGUAACUUUACGGCUGCGUCCGUUACUUCGUCGUCCCACGACGCCAAAGACACAAUCUCGCUCGUAAGUGGUGAGGACGCCUGUGUCUGACGAGUGCACGGAGUCCUUCCUCGAAGUUGCGGCGCCCAAGGGCCUCCCAGGCGGGAACCUUGAGGAGGGCACCACCGAAGAAGCCAUCUUCAGCUCCUGCGUACCAAGAGUCUUAUUGGCUUGUACAGUCCUGUCGCGCGGGACGGCACUUUCCCCUCUGUAUAUAGACCCCUAAUUUAUCCCCCUUCACUUACCUCCAUGUUUAUAAGUGGUGUGAUCACUUUAAGGACAAAGACUGCCAGUCCCACGAGUCACGUCAAGUGUUGUCGUGAAAGUGGAACUACUUCGCUCAACCAAAACAAUCUGUACUUAUUAUUUUAAUAUACGUGUAUUUAUAGUUCUUUCAGUGGUUAUAUCGAGCAUGAUACAACCUUAAUCAAAAUGUUUCAAUGUGUUUUGCAAUGUUUAAAAAACUUGUUAUUAAUGGUAACUGAGGCCCAGGAGGAGAGGCUGGCAACACUGACCACGUAAGUCCAACACGAACUCUACAACACUGACCACGUAAGUCCAACACGAACUCUACAACACUGACCACGUAAGUCCAACACGAACUCUACAACACUGACCACGUAAGACCAACACGUAUCUACAACACUGACCACGUAAGACCAACACGAAUUCUACAACACUGGACGCACACACCAACUUCUCUUCGAGUAGAACUAGAUUUUUGUAGAUGAUAAAAUAUAACUUUGUUGCCAUAACUUAGGAAUACCUUGAGCCAUGCUCUCCACCACCAGUGCUCGACUGCCUCAACUACUGCUCUGUAAUACUCUUACAACCACAUAAUAAUAUUCUAUACUUAUAUUAAUGCUAUUGUUGAGGAAUACGUAAUACUUAAGAUAUAAUAUUAGACAUUAACACCACGUAGAGCAGGAGUGGCGGCAGUUGACCCUCACAGACACUACUAAAAUGGUUCACACUGUUCACCACGACAUUUUAAUGUGAAUAUUUGUUGUUGAAGAAAAGAGAGUAUUUAGUUGAGAUAAAACACGUCCACAUCUCUCACACGCCACACACACACACGCACGCACACACACACACACACACACACACACACACACACACACACACACACACACACACACACACACACACACACACAUACACACACACACACACACACACACGCACGCGCUCCUCAUGGGCUUCCCUUUAAGAGUUGUUCUGCAGGCCAGUCCAACAUUAAACUUGCCUAUGCAAGUCAUAUGUUUUUUUUUUUACUUGUAAAUAAAGUACAAACCAUA